UUUGAAAAUGCCUCGCUAUGAUGAUCGCUACGGGAACACUCGUCUCUAUGUUGGCCACUUAUCAUCCAGAACUCGUACCCGAGACCUUGAACGUCUUUUCAACAGAUACGGAAGGUCUCUGGGAUUUUGCCUAACCUGGAGGUGUUUGAUGAAUGGUGUUUGAUGAAUGGGUGGACUUGGUGGAAAUUCUCGCCAGGUGUAUAGGGGUGCCUCGGCGAUUCUGUUUUGUAGAUUUUUUUCUAAGUGUUUGAAUGAAAAGUGGAGAUUCAGUCUCAAAAUGGUGUUUAGCAGUACCUUAAAGUAACGAUGAUGGCCUUAAUUUUCUGCCAAUAAUUUCUUCCGCAGAGUGCGAGAUGUGGAUAUGAAGCGAGACUAUGCUUUUGUUGAAUUUAGUGAUCCCCGUGAUGCUGAUGAUGCGAGACAUUACUUGGAUGGACGAGACUUCGAUGGAAGUCGCAUCACAGUGGAGUUUUCAAGAGGGGCACCUCGUGGCUCUCGCGAUUACGAUAGUAGAGGCCCACCUCCUGGAUCUGGUCGCUGCUUUAACUGUGGUGUUGACGGUCAUUGGGCUCGAGACUGCACGGCAGGGGACUGGAAGAACAAAUGUUACCGCUGCGGAGAAAGAGGACACAUUGAGAGAAACUGCAAAAACAGCCCCAAGAAGCUUAGGCGGAGUGGAAGCUACUCCAGGUCACCUGUAAGAUCCCGUUCUCCUCGUCGUAGAAGAAGCCCAAGCCGUAGCAGAAGCCUUAGCCGAAGCCGAAGCUACAGCCGAUCAAGAUCCCCGGUGAGAAGAAGGGAGAGAAGUGUGGAGGAGAGAUCACGCAGCCCAAAGCGAAUGGAGGACUCUCUAUCGCCAAGAGGCAGAGAUCGUAGUCCGAUUCUGGAUGAUGAAGGCAGCCCAAGGAUCAUAGACGGGAGUCCACCACCAUCUCCAAAGCCUGAAAAGCAAGACGGAUCAGACCGUGAUGAAGGUAGCCCACAAGACAAUGGAAAUGGCAGAAACUCUGUUGUCAGUCCUGUCGUGGGACGCGGUGGUGACAGCCCUAGAGAGGACCGAAGCCCCAUUGAUGAUGAUUGAUUCCGAGCAGUCCCGGCUCUAAACCCAUGGCCAGUGUGGCGACCAGUCUUUUUUUUUUUUUUUUUUUUUAAUGUUUCAAAAUUUGAUAUAAGAGACGCAUGGAUCUAGAGACGCAUGGAUCUAUUACCCUUUUUUAAAAAAACACAGCAAACCUUUGAUCUACUAUCUUUUAUUAUCUAAACAAUGAUUGGCUUUUCAA